ACUCUCUUUUUCUUAUUUCUUACUGAAACUUGAGCGAUCAAUUUUCAGGUUUCAACGGUUGAAACAAUAAACCCACAUAACAAAAAAAGACCCAAAAUCUAAACCUCUCAUUGUUUUUCAAGAAACCUAUUCAAGUCAAAAUGUGGAAGCUGAAAAUUGGGGCAGACACAGUAAGAGAAGGUGGUGAUCAUCAAUGGCUGAGGAGUGUGAACAAUCACUUGGGACGCCAAGUUUGGGAGUACCAUCCAGAGUUUGGGACCCCUGAAGAGCUUCAGCAAAUCGAAGAUGCUCGAAAAGGUUUCUGGGACAAUCGAUUUGAGACCAAGCACAGCUCUGAUCUCCUCAUGAGAAUUCAGUUUGCAAAGGAGAACCCAUGUGUGACUAAUCUACCACAACUCAAAGUUAGAGAUGCAGAAGAGGUGACAGAAGAGGUCGUGGUAACCACAUUACGCAGGGCCAUUAAUUUUUAUUCAACAAUCCAGGCACAUGAUGGUCAUUGGCCUGGGGAUUAUGGGGGUCUCAUGUUUCGACUUCCUGGUUUGGUUAUUACACUUUCAAUUGCAGGAGCUCUAAAUGCUGUGUUAUCCAUAGAGCAUCAACGGGAGAUGUGUAGAUAUCUCUAUACUCAUCAGGCAAGAAUAUUACUCAUGUAA